AUGGACAGUCACCGGGCUACUGUAGAGACAGUACGUUCUCGCAUUCAGCAUUUCUACCACAACAAGACCGCAUUUCGUGUUUAUCAUGGUAGCACGAACAGCACCCGCCAUGCCCAUUUCGACCGAGAUGCUAUCGUGGACGUAAGCUCCCUCAACCACGUCCUAUCCAUCGACAGAGUAAAAAGAACGGCGCUUGUCGAACCAAAUGUCCCUAUGGAUGCCUUGGUCAAGGAAACCAUGAAGGCGGGCUUGUUGCCUCCUGUGGUUAUGGAGUUCCCAGGCAUCACCGUAGGAGGAGGCUUCGUAGGCACAGCAGGAGAAAGUAGCAGCUUCAAGUACGGAUUUUUCGACCGUACAGUGUUGAGCGCAGAAGUGGUUCUGGCAGAUGGCACGCUUGUCACGGCAUCCCAGAACGAGAAUCAAGAGCUGUUUGAGGGUUUAAGAGGUAGCUUUGGAACACUCGGUGUGCUCACGCUGGUGGAGAUGCAGCUUGUUCCUCUCAAGAAGCUGGUUGAAGUUACCUACCAUCCAACCUUUUCCUUCGAGAACGCGACAGAUAAGAUUCAGUACCAUACCACCGACGAAAGGAACGAUUACGUUGACGGAGUCUUGUUCUCCAAAGGUGCCGGAGUGGUCGUAACAGGGCGCCUCGUUGACAAAGACCGUACGCCGGACUUGCCGAUUCAAAGAUUCUCCAGACCAUGGGACGAGUGGUUUUGGAUACGCGCAAAGAAGCUUGCGGCAAAAGGCAUCAUCACGAAAGAGCUUGUCCCUGUGGAAGACUACCUAUUUCGUUAUGAUCGAGGAGCAUUCUGGAUGGGAAUGUAUGCUUACAAGCAGUUUAUGGUUCCUUUCAUGUGGUUCACACGCUUCUUGCUGGACUACUUUAUGCACACGAGGAUCAUGUAUCAUGCAUUACAUGUGUCCGGAUACACGGAUCGAUUCAUAAUCCACGACAUCGCGUUCCCAGCCGCCAACACUGCAUCUUUCUUGCAGUAUUCAGAUCAAGCCUUCAACAUAUAUCCGCUCUGGUUGUGUCCGCUACGGCAGGAUGGUAGAAGCUCGAUGGGUCAUCCCAAGCCGUUCGAGGGUCUUGUCAGUGGGAAAGAGAAGGGCGUUUAUGACGGCAAAUACAUCAGCGUUGGUAUCUGGGGCCCUUAUUCUUCAAACGAGGCUGAAUACGUUCGCGCAAAUCGUGAGAUCGAAGCAAAGAUGCGCGAGCUGGGUGGACUGAAGUGGCUAUACAGCCGAGUUUUCUACACCGAAAACGAAUGGUGGCAAGUCUACGAUAAGCGCGAGUAUGAUACGCUACGCAGCAAGUACAAUGCAGAUUCUCUGCCAACAAUAUGGGACAAGGUCAAAGACCGAGGAAGAAAGGAAGAGUUCGGUCCAGGCCUGAAAGGUAUGCUGAAACGCAUCGUGAAGAGCAACGCUUUCUUAAGUGGACUCUAUGGCAUCUACAAGGCGGUCAAAGGUGGAGAUUACAUGUUGAAGAAAAAGGUUUCCUAG